CAGUCACGUAUUUACGGAUGGCCAAGCUAUUCCUCUCCAGGUCAAUGUGAAGAGAACCGUCACGAUAUUCGGUGGGAUCAUGCUUCCAACUGGCUGCUUGUUAAGCUCGCCAUAUCGGGAUCACCUGUGGGAUGCUGGGACAAUUCUAGAAAGUGGAAUGCUGAGCUUGAUCGCUCUCUCUAUUUAAAGAUCUUGCCUUUCCCGGUCUGAUUCCCACACACCAAGCAAUACCGAGCAUUCUUCUUGCAUCAAGCAUUGUUUUUAUUACUCAAUUGACACCGCAUCGAACAACCAAGCUUCCUUGGCCACUCUUCCCAUCUCACCCACACCUAUUUCCAAAUGCAUGGCGGCGCCUCGGCAGGUCCUGCGAAUGCAGACGAAUUAAUAGCUGAAUUCGCAGGCACGGUCGACAACCUCGUCAUUGUCGACUGGGACGGGCCUCAUGAUCAGGAAAACCCGUUUAACUGGUCCAAAGCCCGCAAGUGGCUGGUGACCUUCGUCGCCCUCUUCACCACCUUCCUCGUCCUCGCCAAUGGCACCAUCAUCACCGUGGCCCACCUGGAUCUAAACAAGGUGUUCAGCGUGAGCGAGGCCUCUUUCGCCAAUUCCUAUUGGCCAGUCACCACCUGGGCUCUGGGGGGUGCCUUCUUCUCGCUGAUCAUUCUGCCGACCAUGGAAGACUUCGGGAUCCGACGAACGUUCCUCCUCACGCAUUUCGUCUUCAUCCUCUUCCUCAUUCCACAAGCCGUGGCGCAGAACUUCGCGACCUUGGUCGUCACUCGCUUCUUUGCCGGCGGCUGCGUCGCCGUCCUCGGAAACAGUGCUGCGAGCGUGAUCGGCAACAUCUGGGGCAGCGAGCGCGAACGCACUAAACCCGUCGGUCUCUGGAUGGUCGCGUAUCUUGGCGGCAGCAGUAUCGGCCCCGUGUUGGGCGCGUCCAUCAUCCAAUUCCUCUCGUGGCGGUGGAUCUCCUACAUGCAACUCAUCUGGCACGCGGUGCUCUUCCCCGUCGCGUUCCUGACCAUGCAGGAAUCCCGCGACGUGGUGAUUCUGAAGCAGCGGGCCAAGAAGCUCCGCGCCAAGGGCGUCAACGCGUACACCCGCCACGAGAUCCUCUCCAAACCGGUCCUCGAGGUGCUGGCGACGAGCAUCCAGCGGCCGCUCAAGAUGCUGGUGACCGAGUACGUGGUCUUCUUCUGCAUGUUGUGGUCGGCGUUCACGGUCGGCACGCUGUACCUCUUUACCCAGUCGGUGGAGCAGGUGUACGAGGCUCUCUAUGGUUGGGAUCCGGUGCAGUCGGGAUACGUGCAGGGGGCCAUUGUUGUGGGCCAGGUCCUCGGAUGGCCGUUGACGCUGGUCUCCGCCCGGCUCUAUUUCAGCUCCGCGAAACGCAACACCCAGAUCCCCGGCGUCCCCAUCCCGGAAGCCCGAUUAUACAUGUCCCUGGCCGGGGCGAUCCUCGGGCUGACGGGCGGCAUGUUCGUCUACGCCUGGACUUCCUACCCCGAAUUGCCGUGGAUUGCACCGUCGAUCGGACUGGGCAUGGUCGGCGCCGGCAGUGUGAUUGUGGUGACGGGGAUCAUGGAUUAUGUUGUUGAUGCCUAUAGCAAUUACGCGGGCAGUGCGAUGGCGUGCGUCGUGCUCGGCGAGAACACCUUCUCGGCUUUCUUGCCGCUGGCGACGAUGAAUAUGUAUAGGGCCAUGGGUCUGCAGUGGGCGAGCAGCUUGCUGGGAUUUAUUAGUCUCGCGUUGACGCUGGCGCCCGUGUGCUUUUUGAUCUGGGGGCCCAAGAUCCGAGAGCGCAGUCCGUUCAUGAAGGCGGCUACGGUGCAGAAGGCGGCGGAGGCGCUCAAGGAGGGAGGGAAAGCGGAAUGCUGAUGAUCGAAAUUCAUCAUGACUGUAUUAGAAAUGUUAGUUGUAUUCAGCGCAUCCAAUAUAUUUUUAG